AUGGUCAAGACACCGCGAAGCGGAAGCCCGGCGACGGCCGGAGGGAGGGCGCGGCCGAGAAGCGCGGACGCGGCGACGAAGGCGACGGCCAACACGCCACGCUCAGUGAAGUUCGACCGAGUCGGCGAUCGUGAUCAUGGAAGUGGGGUUGACGAUGAUAGAAGUGCAGAUGAAGUGGAGAUGAAGGGCCCAGCGCCGAAGCUGGAGGAUGAAGACGUUGACGAGCUAACGGUUGUCGUCGGGAAGUCGGGUGCUCCGCGCCCGAUCGCUCGCCGGCUUGAUGCAGAGCUCGGUGAAGUUACUCCGGCCCAGGUUCUGGUGCCCGAUGAGCGGCCGAUCACAGGAAAUCGGCCGCCGGUGAACGGAGAUACUCCGAAUGCGUACAAGAUACUGGGACAAAAAGAAGUCGGCGGUGCCAAGUGGGUGACACUCGAGAGAGAGCUGGCGUCUCCGAUCGACAGCUCCACCCUGUUCCAAUUCAGCAAGCAGACCAAGCGUCUACUGGUGGCGAUGGGCUUCGAGUGUACCAGCGUCCCGUCGAAUGUAGCUCUGGAAGUCUGGGAGCUCGCCAAGAUAAGCGCCGAGCUGACCAAGUGGAAGCGCAAAUGUGGUAAGAAGAUCCGCUCAAGAAUGGUCUUGAUGGAACUGGAUCCGCCAGUUGACCCGGUAAUGGGAUCCGGCAGUUGGUGA